AUGAACUGCCCUUCGCGGACAGACCCCGAGGUCCCAGACGACUUCAAUCAAAACCCCAACCCAUUGGCCGCCGACACCACCACCAGAAGUGACCUGGGCAAGGUCGCCAGCGCCCGCGUCCAGCACGACCACAAGGUCGACAAACAAGACGGACCCAACGUCGAGCUACGCCAAAUCGGCGGCCCCAGCGACACAGACGGAGCCCGUCGCCGCAACUUCUCGAGCGAUGGACCCAGGGACAACGAUUCCUCCAUCGCUCGCCCGCGGUUUGGAGACCGGAUGUUUGGGCGCAUCAAGCUGCUCAACAAAUCCGCCCCGGCGAGACGCACCAUGCACGGCACCAUCGAAGAAGAUGACCUGUCGCCCUCUCGCCCGCCUCCAAGCCACGCCCCGCUGCCACCCCGCUGGCAGCAACCCUUCCUCCGCCUCAGACGCGCCGUCUGGAAAUACAUUCGCUUCAUCGGGCCUGGCUUCAUGAUUGCCGUCGCCUACAUCGAUCCGGGAAACUACGCCACCGAUGCCGCUGCUGGAGCCUCGUACCGCUUCCGUCUGCUCUUCAUGGUCCUGCUGUCCAACAUCUUUGCCAUCUUUCUGCAGUCGCUAUGCAUCAAGAUGAGCACCGUCACGGGACUGAACUUGGCGGAGAUGAACAAGGCGCACUGUCCCCGCUGGUUGAACUACGUCUUGUACUUCUUCGGCGAGGCCGCCGUGAUUGCUACGGAUAUUGCUGAGGUUAUCGGCUUUGCCAUUGCGUUGACGUUGUUGGCGCCCAAGCUUCCUAUCGUUGCGGGCUGUGCCAUUUCGAUUGUGGAUGUCAUGUUCAUCCUCAUCUUUUAUCGACCGGAUGGGUCGAUGAAGGCGUUGAGGUUGUUUGAGUGUUUCGUUAUGAUGCUGGUGCUAGGCGUGGCGAUUUGCUUCUGUUAUCAGUUAACUUUGAUCAAGAACGCCACUGUUGGGGAGGUCUUCAAAGGAUACCUUCCUUCCAACGCAAUCGUCGAGAGCCCAGGUCUGUACCAAGCAUGCGGUAUCCUAGGGGCCACCGUCAUGCCGCACUCACUGUAUCUUGGCAGUGCUCUGAACCAGCCUCGCCUCAUGCACUACGACAUCAAGCACGGCAACUACCACCAACCAGAAGACGACGACGAUUCGGUAGUCCACGACAAAUACCGUCCAUCCCUCCAAGCCAUCCGAUCCUGCAUGAACACAUCCAUCAUCGAACUAGGCGUCUCUCUCUUCACAUUCGCCCUCUUCAUCAACAGCGCCAUCUUGAUCGUCUGCGGAGCCUCCCUGUAUUCUGUCGACGGCGCCGCCGACGCAGACCUCUUCGGCAUCUACGACCUCCUCCGCGAACAACUCAGCCAUGGCGCCGCAACCGUCUUUGCCGUCGCCCUGCUCCUGUCAGGCUGCUCCGCCGGAAUCGUCUGCACCAUGGCCGGCCAAAUGAUCAGCGAGGGCCAACUAAACUGGAAGCUCAAACCCUGGAUCACUCGUCUCCUCACACGAUCCAUCUCCAUCGUGCCCGCCAUCAUCGUCGCCGGCACGAUCGGCAAGCAAGGCCUGUCACAAGCCCUCGUGGGCUCCCAGGUCGCGCUGAGCGUUAUCCUGCCCUUCGUCUCCGCGCCUCUGAUCUACUACACCAGCCGCAACAAGUACAUGACUGUAGUAACCUCGGCGAGCAACAUCCGCAUGGGCGACCUAGAUGAUUACGAUCAGCAAGGCGGGACGCAUUCUAUUGUAAAGAUGAAGAACCACUGGGUCACAUCGGGUUUUGGAUUCGUGAUUUGGCUGUUGAUUGUGGUCAUGAAUGUGGCGAAUAUUGUUUUGACUGGAUUGGGCAAGAACUGA